AUUUAAAAAAAAAAUUACGUAGAACAAGCACACAGAGACAGAGACAGAGAGAGACAGACCUCAGAUCCUUGGAUUCUCCUUCUCAUUUUCAAUUUUCUGCACAAUAACAAACACAUCCUAUCUUUCGCUUUCAAACCCACAUGGAAUAUUCCAUUUAUUUCUGUUACUUUCUUCUUUUUUAGCCAAACUCUAUCUCUGUUGAUUGAAAGCUAAGUUUAUCCUGUAAGUGUGAAUGUCAAGACAACAAUGGUAAUACCCACAUGAGUGUUUCGUAAAGACCCGGCAAAAAAUCAUUCAUACCUCUUCUGUUUCAGUUUACACUCUCUCUAUAUUCAAUUCCCGUCGUUAAUUUGAUCUGGGUUCUGGGUUGUUUUUUGUGCUGUUCCAUUGUGGCAUUUUGUCGAACAUUUGUGUUUUUUGGAUCGUUGAAAAACAAUGGCUUUGUUUAGGAAAUUCUUUUACAGGAAGCCACCUGAUGGGCUCUUGGAGAUCUCUGAACGGGUCUAUGUAUUUGACUCCUGCUUCUCCACGGACAUUUUAGAAGAUGAAGAAUAUAAGGUGUAUAUAGGAGGCAUAGUGGGUCUACUCCGUGACCACUUUCCUGAUGCUUCAUUCAUGGUGUUUAAUUUUCGAGAAGGAGAGGAUCAAAGCCAGAUUUCUCAUAUAUUGUCUGAGUAUGAUAUGACUGUUAUGGAUUAUCCUCGCCAGCAUGAAGGUUGCCCAAUACUCACAAUGGAGAUGAUCCAUCACUUCUUGAGGUCAAGUGAAAGUUGGCUCUCCCUUGCACAGCAGAAUGUGCUCUUGAUGCAUUGUGAAAGAGGAGGGUGGCCAGUCUUGGCCUUUAUGCUUGCUGCUCUUUUGAUAUACAGGAAGCAGUUUAGUGGGGAGAUGAAAACUUUAGACAUGAUUUACAAGCAAGCACCUCGUGAGCUUGUGCAGCUGAUGUCACCACUGAAUCCAAUUCCCUCUCAGCUGAGGUACCUUCAAUAUGUCUCAAGAAGGAAUGUGGCCUCUGAAUGGCCUCCACUGGAUAGGGCACUUACACUGGAUUGUAUUAUUCUUAGAGUCAUCCCCUGUUUAGAUACAGAAGGGGGUUUCCGCCCAAUAUUUAGGAUUUAUGGGCAGGAUCCUUUAAUGGUUGCUGAGCGAACACCCAAAGUUUUGUUCUCAACGCCCAAAAAGAGCAAAGGUGUUCGACAUUACAAGCAGGCAGAUUGUGAAUUAGUAAAAAUUGACAUCCAUUGCCAUAUUCAAGGUGAUGUUGUGCUUGAGUGUAUAAGUUUGGAUAGUGAUCAAGAACACGAAGAGAUGAUUUUUCGGGUGAUGUUCAAUACAGCCUUCAUAAGGUCUAAUAUUUUGAUGCUUAACCGUGAUGAGAUUGAUAUCUUGUGGAAUACUAAGGAUCGAUUUCCAAAGGAGUUCAGAGCAGAGGUUCUUUUUUCAGAGAUGGAUGCCGCAUCUUCUCUAAUUUCAUUUGAUUUGCCGGGUAUAGAGGAGAAGGAUGGUCUGCCCAUAGAAGCAUUUGCUAAAGUUCAAGAAAUUUUUAACAAUGUUGAUUGGCUGGAUCCAAAGGCAGAUCUUGCUCUAAGUGUGCUCCAGCAUAUCACACCAUCAAGUAUCCGCCAAGAAAAGUUGGAUGUUGGUCUUUCCCAAAGUCCAAGUAAAGGCAGUGAUUCACUAGAAUCAACUCUUGAAAAAGUUGUAGAGAAGCCAAAAUUGAAGGGAUCAGACAUUAACAUCAGGGGUCCUAGAGCCAUUGCAGAAGCAAAACAUUCUACGCCACUGCUUAAACCUUCUCUAGAUGCAAAUUCCUUCUCCAAGAAGAUUGAACCACGAGAACUUCAUAUUGCUCGCCAAAGGCCCACUAAAUCUAUGAUCAUUUCUCAGCGAUUAUCUCAGACUUCUCUGUCUGGUUCAGCUUCAUUUUGCAGUUCCUCUCAAGGGUCACCUAUGUCUAUAUUAAGAUAUAAUAGUGCACCCUCAAACCUAGGCAUUACAACUCUAUUGCAAGAUCAUGAUGCAUCUAAUAGGGAAGAAGUUGCACAUCAGGCAUCGGGAUCUCUACCUAUUGCAGCCACUUCAUCUCUUGUCAAAAAUAAUUUGAAAGCUUUGCAGUUGAGUCACGUGCCUACUUCACCACCGUCAACAACAAUUCUGCCUCCCUCAUUGCAGUCUUCAUUGGAGGCUCAUAGAACUGUUGAGAAAACUUCAGUGGCCUCUCCUACUCCUUCUCAGCCAUUUGCUAAAGCAACACAUUCUUUACUAUCACGACUUUCUGGAACCACACUACAGGGCAAAGAUCAGUCAUCAUCAGUUCCAUCCACUCCACCUCCAGUGCUUUCUACUUCAGAGGCAUCUCCUCUUGUUACCAAGAGCUUGCAUUCAACUCCUCCACCUCCUCCUCCACCCCCUUCUUUUUCGGGGGUGUCUCAACCUUUGAUAGCUAAGAAUUCAACGUUGAUACCCCCACCUCCGCCCCCACCACCCUCUUCUUUUUCUGGAACAUCUCCAUCUUCAAUUGUCAAGAACUCAUUUUUAACAACGCCUCCGCCUCCGCCUCUCCCACCUCCUUUUUUCUCAGGAACAUCUCCAUCUACCACUGCCAAUUGUUCAUUUUCAAUCCCCUGUCCUCCACCACCCCCUCCAAUCAUUUCAUCAGUUUCUUGCUCAGUUUCUUCUCCUCAAUCCACACAUCAUUUGGUUGUUACAUCCGGUCCUCCUCCACCACCUCCCCCUCCUCUAAAGUCUGGAGAUUCUAUUAUUACAGCUUCACCACCACCACCUCCACCUCCACCUCCUCGGGGUUCUAUUAGUGCACCUUCUGCACCACCACCACCCCCUCCUCCAAAUACAUCUGCAAAUGUUCCUCCUGUGCCACCUGCACCGAUUUCUUUAUCAAAUGGUUCCUCUUCUCAAUCUCAAUCUAGAGUUAGUAAUGGUAAUAUCCCUCCUAUUCCUGGACCUCCCUCCACUGCUUUAUUUAGUGCAAAGGGACGGGCAAUGUCACGUGCAAAUUCUAGAGGUCAAUCACAACCUAGAAAGAACAACCUAAAACCAUAUCAUUGGUUAAAGUUAACCAGAGCAAUGCAAGGAAGCUUAUGGGCUGAAGCACAAAAAUUGGAUGAAGCUUCCAAGGCUCCAGAAUUUGAUAUGUCAGAACUGGAGAGUCUUUUUUCAGCUGCUGCUCCAAAUUCAGAUAGUGGGGCCAUCGGUGGGAAGUCAAAUCGCCGACCCAAAUCUGAGAAAGUUCAGCUGAUUGAGCUUCGGCGGGCUUAUAACUGUGAAAUUAUGCUUUCAAAGGUUAAAAUUCCAUUGCCUGAUCUGGUGAGUUCAGUCCUUUUGCUGGAUGAUUCAGCAUUGGAUGUUGAUCAGGUUGAUAACCUUAUUAAGUUUUGUCCAACUAAAGAAGAGAUAGAAUUAUUAAAGAACUAUAAUGGCAAUAAGGAAAACUUGGGAAAAUGUGAGCAAUUCUUCUUAGAACUGAUGAAAGUGCCACGGGUGGAAUCAAAGCUCAGAGUUUUCUCAUUUAAAAUACAAUUCCGUACCCAGGUUUCUGACCUCAGAAAUAAUUUGAAUAUUAUAAAUUCUGCAUCUGAAGAGGUCAGAAAUUCAGUCAAGUUGAAAAGAAUCAUGCAAACUAUUCUUUCACUGGGUAAUGCUUUGAAUCAUGGAACUGCAAGGGGUUCUGCUGUGGGAUUCCGAUUGGAUAGUCUCCUCAAACUCACUGAUACUCGAGCUCGGAACAGCAAGAUUACUCUCAUGCAUUAUCUUUGUAAGGUACUUGCUGAAAAAUUGCCAGAACUUCUAGAUUUUCCAAAAGAUCUUGUGAGUUUGGAGGCUGCAACCAAGAUACAACUAAAAUUUUUGGCAGAGGAAAUGCAAGCUAUUAGUAAAGGACUGGAGAAGGUUGAACAGGAAUUGACUGCCUCGGAAAAUGAUGGUAUAGUGUCGGAGAAUUUUUGCAAGACUUUGAAGGAGUUCCUUAGUUUUGCAGAGGGUGAAGUGAGGUCUUUGACAUCCCUUUAUUCUGGUGUGGGUAGAAAUGCAGAUGCAUUGGCUCAAUAUUUUGGGGAAGAUCCAGCUCGUUGCCCUUUUGAGCAAGUUGUGUCUACUCUGCUAAACUUUGUACGGAUGUUUGUCCGAGCACACGAGGAAAACUGCAAGCAACUUGAAUUUGAAAAGAUGAAAGCCCAAAAGGAAGCAGAGAAUGAAAAGCUGAAGAUGACUUCUGCUAAAAAGGAUUCUCUACACUCAGUAGACAAUCACUUGAAGAGUAACACCAUCAAAUGACCAUCAAUUGGUAUAUAAGCACCAGUUUUUGUUGAUCGCCACAAGCUGUCACUCCAUAGAUAAGAUAUAAUAGUCUUCCUGCAAUGAAUGAAGGCCUGGACGAGGAUAGGACACAAACAACUAAUACUGACAACAAAUGAGCAAUGAUCCUGGAGAAGAUUAAAAGACUAUUUAUCAGACAGCAUUAAUAAAUAGAGGCAAAUGAAGGCCGUUGAGCAAUGAAAAACACCCAUUUCAAUUGCACAAAUGGAGUUGACAAAGUCCUGUUGGAUGAGCUACAAGUGAGGCUGCUCAAAGAAUUUUGUAUAAAUAUCAGUAGUAGUUUUUCACCCAUUCUAUAUAUUAGAUCUAUUUUUCUUCAGUGUUAUAUUAUUCUUUGUAUAUUUUUUUAGUUAUAGGGAUGUAAAUGUUAAUAUGUAAUCUUGGUAGAAUGUGUAGUUUCCAAGGCAAAGAAUUUCUUCUUUUUCAAAUGGAGAAAAGUGAUCUCUGUGCUAAUUGAUUCAGCUUUUCAUAUC